AGGAGGAGGAGGCCGAGGCCGAGGCCGAGGAGGGGCGGCGGGGAGGACAUGGGGGAGCGCGGCGGGGACUGAGCCGCGCCGGGCCGGUCCGUCAACAUGUUACAGGUUCCGCUGCCCCUGGACCGCGACGGGAUCCUGUUCCGGCUCCGUUUUACCACGCUGGCCGUUGGGACUGUGUUCUGCCCGCUGUUCGGUUUCCUCUUCUGCGUGAUCUGGUCUCUGCUGUUCCAUUUCCAGGAGACGACAGCGACCCACUGCGGGGUCCCCAACUACCUUCCCUCCAUCAGCGCCGCCAUCGGGGGCGAGACCCCUCAGCGUUACGUCUGGCGGCUCUGCAUCGGCCUCCACUCGGCGCCCCGCUUCCUCGUGGCGGUCGCGUACUGGAACCACUACCAGAGCUGCCACUGCACGCACCCGCGCUACCCGCGGCUCUGCCACUUCAACCUGCUGCUCAACCUGCUCGAAAACUUCGCUCUCCUCGUCCUGACCUACGUGUCCUCGUCUGAAAACUAUGCAAUCCACGAAAAUGCCUUCAUCGUCUUCAUCGCGUCGGCUCUGGGCCACAUGCUGCUGACGUGCAUCCUGUGGAGGAUGACUAAGAAACACGCGAUAAGUCCGCAGGAGCACAGGUCCUACAAGUGGAAGCAGCUGCUCUUCUUCUUCACCUUCCUCACCUUCGCCUUCGCCGCCUGCGUCUACUUCCACCACAACUGGUACUGCGGCCCCGGAGUGUACACGGUGUUUGCCUUCCUGGAGUACCUGGUGGUGCUGGCCAACAUGGCCUUCCACAUGACGGCCGCCUGGGACUUCGGCGACCGGGAGCUGCUCGUGAGCCCCGCCGCGCAGCACAAGCACCGGUAGCGCGGGGCCGCGGGGCUCGCUCCGCCGCCGGGACCCCCCGCGAGCCCCCCGGCAGCGCCGAGCCGCACCGGCGCUGCCCGCGGCGCGCAGCCCCCCGGCGCCCGCCCCGGAGCGGAGCGGAGCGGAGGCGCGGGAUCCCGGCGGGAAUAAAGCACGGAGUAUUUUUGUGA